GGCGCUUUGGCCGCUUAGCUCGCAGCACGCCGACUGGUCGCGUCGAGGUUUAGUUUCUUUUGCAGUCUCCCUUUAGAAACGCACCGAGGGCAUCGCCGCUCCCGACCUCCACAGUGCUUGGAUUGGAGCCGCCUCGGCGCCGCCAGACACCCCAGCAAGAUGCCGCGCUCUUUCCUGGUGAAGAAGCAUUUCUCGGCCAGCAAGAAGCCCAAUUACAGCGAACUGGAAAGCCAGACUGUGAUCGUCUCCCCGUGUUUUUAUGAGAAGUACCCCAUCUCAGUCAUCCCCCAGCCUGAUCUGCUGAGUGCUGGUUCCUACUACCCUCCACUUGUAUGGGACACAGGGCUGCUCUCCAAUUUCUUCACCUCUGAGCCGGAGUACAAGAAAAGUGCCACUUCUCCGCCCAGCCCUGGCUCCAAACCUCUGGACCUGACCUCCAGCGAAGAGGAGGAUGGCAAGACGACCUCUGACCCGCCCAGCCCAGCUUCUUCUGCCACCGAAGCGGAGAAAUUCCACUGCAGCCAAUGCAACAAGUCCUACUCCACCUUUGCAGGCCUUUCCAAGCACAGACAAUUGCACUGCGACUCCCAAGCCAGGAAAUCUUUCAGCUGCAAAAACUGUGAGAAGGAGUACGUGAGCCUGGGAGCUCUCAAGAUGCACAUCCGAAGCCAUACCCUGCCCUGCGUGUGUAAAAUUUGCGGCAAAGCCUUCUCCAGGCCUUGGCUCCUGCAGGGCCACAUCAGAACGCACACUGGCGAGAAACCGUUUUCCUGCACACACUGCAACAGGGCCUUUGCUGACCGCUCCAACCUCCGCGCCCACCUGCAGACUCACUCGGAUGUCAAGAAGUACCAGUGCAAAACCUGCUCCCGGACUUUCUCCAGAAUGUCACUUCUCCACAAACAUGAAGAAACUGGCUGCACUGGGGCGCGCUGAGAGAUCUUCCCUCUUGCAUCUUGGGAAAAGAAGAAGAAGAAAAAUGCUACAGACUCUCCUCCAUGCCAAUGCAUAUAUUGUAACUAGCGCCUCUAGGAAUAUAGUUUUUCCCAUUUGAGUUCAGCUGCCAGGGCAAAACUUGUCUUCUACCUGCUUCAGGCCUCGCAGUGACAUUCAGAAUAUUUCUCCCUCUUUCUUUGGUUUUAAAAGUCUGGUUCCGCACUCCCUGGCCAUGGCAGAAUGCUUCUUGGUUUAGGCAGAGUGAGGCUGGUUUGCAAAAACAACAAGCAUUCUGAUGUUUUAUUAGUGUAAGGACUGUUCAGAAAGUGCUCAGCAUCUCCCAGUAUUGAGCCUUACACCUAGCUGGCCUGAAGGACCACAGUAUUUUUAAAUUUUUAUUUCUGGGGGUGUUGGGGGAAGAAAAAAUAAUCUGCUGUUAACUGUUGACCCUGAAUUGAUAUGCCUCUCAAGGAGGACAAAAGCAAAGUGUUCCCAACAACCCCCACUCAAUUCUCUCUUGCUCUAAGCGUUGUAUAUACCCUCC